GUACUACUAAGAAGGAAGCAUUUUUCUCUGUUUGGCGAAACAGUAUUUCACGCUCUUUUCGCUUCAUUUUCUUUCUAGCUUCUCCUAAAACCCCAACGGCCUUCAUAAACCCCUAAAAGACACGAAGGUUCUAGAGAGAGAAACCAAAAUGGGCAGCAGCAUCCACCGACUAUUACGCCGCCGUAUCACGAUCACCGGCGGAAUCUCUCCAUCAGAACCAAUUACAACAAUAAAUUCAAUGCUUAGACACCAAAAGAUAACUACUAAUACUAUUAUAGCAAAUUCAAGAACUUUCUUAAAGUUGCCUUAUUUCUUUAGAAAAUCAAGAGAUUUUAGUAAUGGUUUCUCUUCUUCUCCUUCAUUUUUCACUUCUCCAUUCUCUUCUGCCUCUCAAUCUUCGAGUAUAACGGCGUCGUUUGUCGGAUGGUACUUGGGCAUGGUUAAAACGAGACCGAUUUUGACUAAAAGUGCUACUUGUGCAGUUAUUUAUGUUGCUGCUGAUUUGUCUUCUCAGACAAUUGCACGCCCAGUUUCCGAGCCUUAUGAUUUGGUGAGGACAUUGCGCAUGGCAGGAUAUGGAAUGCUAGUUUUAGGACCAACAUUGCAUUUUUGGUUCAACUUUGUGUCAAGACAAUUUCCAAAGAGAGAUUUAAUCACAACAUUCAAGAAAAUUAUCCUGGGCCAGACUGUCUAUGGACCUGCAAUGACUGCUCUUUUCUUCUCCUUGAAUGCAUGCCUACAGGGUGAGAAUGGUUCUGAAAUUGUUGCUCGUUUAAAACGCGAUUUGCUGCCUACAAUGAUGAAUGGUGUCAUGUACUGGCCCGUAUGUGAUUUUAUCACUUUCAAAUUCAUCCCUGUCCACUUACAGCCACUAGUGAGCAAUUCAUUUUCAUAUCUAUGGACUGUCUAUAUGACAUAUAUGGCAAGUCGGGAGAAAGUUGACAGCAGCAGCUAAUUAGCUCAACGCUUCCGGGUCUUACCUCUAACUGCACAGCCCUAAACUGGUGAUGCAUGUAAAAUUCCGUUUAUACCAAGCUCUGCAAGUCUUCUGCCAAAAUGCUAUUAUGUAGUCAAUUAGGGGCAUUGUGGAAGUUAAGAAGUUCCAUCCGUCCAUGAUUUUUAGUUAUUUGUUAGGUUAAAGUACACUGCCUCUGAUAUAGCUGAACCAGUCAUCAUGUUAACUAGGGUUGUGUAAUUGGAUGAAUUUUGUUAUGUAAAGCAUAACUUGAUAUUAUUUAAAACAUCUUCCCUUCUGUCGGCCA